AUCUGACGAGUCGUGGCAAAAGAGCUCUAACGUGAUGCCCCUGGUUGGAAUCGCUGGUUCGUAUAUAUCCAACCUAACUAUGAUAUACCGGCUCUCCCUUCAAGUAUGAAUUUACAAACCUCCACCGACCUCCAGUUCCAGUUCCGGGAUUACGGUUUCGUAUCACUGAUGUCUUUUUGGGUCUACGACUGUUUCCUGACCUUGGCCCAGGAGGUAUCUCUGAUUCACGGGCCACCGUGGUACAAAGGAAGCGUUCUUUAUGUCAUGGCAAGAUACUUCCCAGCCUUCUUGCUCUGUGUAUGCAUAUACAUGAAUUAUCUCCAGAAUGAACUUUUUGUGACUUGUAACUCUCUACAUUCGGUGUGGUAUGGUGCCGCUGCGCUCUGCAUCUCUAGUGCGGAAGGUAUCUUCGUCCUUCGUACUUAUGCAUUAUGGGGAAACAAAAAAUCCAUUAUGGGCCUGAUGUUGUCAACGGUACUCUGCCUGGCAAUCUUGGAUGUGGUAAUUAUGACGCAAAUAUCGAGUCAGUUGGAUCUCCAACUAUGGGUAGCGGGUUGGGGUUGUUACUCACCGUCACAAAGCAAGAUAACUGCAGCUCCUUGGUCACUUCUGAUAGCAUUCGAGCUUGAGAUCAUAGUACUCACCAUGAUUCGUGUAUAUUGGGCAUACCGUGAAAGAAGGUGUCGGCUGCUUGAUUUCUUCUGCAACACAACAUUUUUUACUUCGGAACUGGGUUAACACUAUCGGUGCUCAAUAUUCUAGCCCUGCCGUACAACUCCACAGAUGUGUUUGCAACGUUUCAAAUCAUCAUGCACUCAAUUGUCGUUACUCGUAUGCA